AAUCCUUUCACUAUACACGCCGACCUCACAGUGUAUCUUCUAGCUCAUUCUCUGCCUUCCCCUCUCUCACACUUCGCCUCAUAAACAUCCAGCUCCUUUGGCCACCGGUGUACGAUCGAUGUCGGUGAAAGAGUGUGAGCACCACAAGGGGUGUCGCCGGAAAAUAUUCCGAAGAAUCUUUGCGGGGAUCCUUAUAUUCCUGCUGAUAGUUCUGCUGACGAUUCUAAUAAUCUGGGCCGUCCUGAAGCCUUCCAAACCAUCCUUCACCCUCCAGGACGUGACCGUGUAUGCCUUCAAUGCCACCGUACCCAACUUCCUGACCACGAGUUUCCAAGUGACCCUGUUGUCCCGCAACCCCAACGGAAGGAUCGGAAUCUACUACGAUCGUCUCGACACCUACGUCGACUAUCGCAACCAGCAAGUCACGUAUCGCACGGCCAUCCCUCCCUCGUACCAGGGUCACAAGGAGGUCGACGUCUGGUCACCCUUCGUCUACGGGAACAACGUACCCGUGGCUCCUUACAACUUCGUCGGUCUGAGUCAGGACCAGUCCUCCGGCAACAUUCUGGUGACAAUCAAGAUCGACGGACGGGUCAGAUGGAAAGUCGGGACCUUCGUUUCCGGCCGAUACCAUAUCUACAUCAGGUGCCCCGCUUACAUCAACUGGGGAUCCCAGAGCUCUGCCUCCGCCGUCAAGUAUCAGUUGGUCCAGCGAUGCUCUGUUAGCGUCUGAAGUCGGACGGUCACCGAUCGCCGUUAGUUAACGUGCUCUUUUUUUCUUUUCUUUUCUUUUUUCCUCUCAAAUAUAUUUGUACACUUGUUAUCUCAGCAUACCAGUAGUGGACCGCAAAUAAUCAAAGCCUCGGAAAGGUGCGCACUUUGCAAUGGGAAAUUAAUUUUGUUGGCAGGCCGAAAGCAUGUAAAUUAUAAAUUAGUGACGAACCGAUUGUUGUUAAAACAUAUAUAUAAUGUUUGAUUAGGUUGGGCGGACACACACGGGCGUACACGGUACACAUAACGAAGGAUGUGGUGUCAUUCUUUCUCUUGUUCUUGGAUCUCAUUUGGUUAAUCAGAUGUUUUGAAGCAUAUGCAUUUAUAUGA